AACGCAUUUGGUGACGGUGGUGGAAUACACAUGACAUGUCCAUUCUCCUCUUCUUCUCCGCCUGAGUCGAGCAGCAUGACGCGAGAUUGCUGCUGUCACGCCUGCCAUAGAUGCUUUGCCAGUAGGCCAAACUGCUGAAACACGGCAGUCAUUUCUCCUACACCAUGUCUGCCUCGAAAUCGCACUCCCGGGGCGGCUCAACUGCGAGUUCUUCCAGUCUGAUGCAAGAAGUACCUGGAGCAUUUCCAACGACUCCCAUCCCACGAGACAACAACGAUGAGGGUCUAGGGGAGGACGAGAAUGAAGUGACGUUCAAGAGUCUGUCCCAGGCUGUGUAUGCUCGGAGAAGCGAAUAUGUCAGGCCCAAACAUGUCCGGAUCAAGGUCGGCACGUGGAAUGUUGCUGCUUUCAAGGGAACCGAGAAAGAUCUGGGAGGGUGGUUUGUCGGAGGCAAAGGUGUGGCAGAUGACCUGACGGGAGCUGUGAACGCCGAAGACAGGAAAACUGUCCAAGAGGAUGCAACAGAGCAAGAGAGCAGAUAUGAGCGGAAGAAGAAGACACUACCAUCUGGCGACGAGAGCGUACUGCCGCAUGAUAAGGAUGUGGGCCUGUACGUAUUGGGGCUGCAAGAGGUUGUCGAUGUAACUGCUGUGGGAGAGGCGUUGAAGCCAUACACUGAUCCUGCUGCUGCAAACAAGUGGAAAGAUGCCAUGCAAGAGGCAGUACCAAAUGGAUACCAGUUGAUUGCCGAACAACAGCUGAUUGGACUACUGCUCCUCAUAUACGCGGCUCCAGAAGUAGCAUCGGAUGUCAAGGCUGUCAGCACCACCAGUGUCGGUACAGGUGUCUUUGGUUAUAUGGGCAAUAAAGGCGCUGUCACUGCUCGCAUUGUGUUGGGAGGAACAACACGACUCGUGUUCGUGAACUGCCAUCUGGCAGCUGGUGCGGAUAAGACUGCAUUGGAGAGGAGAAUAUGGGAUGCCCAACAGGUUGUGCAGCGAACCAAAUUCGAGCCGAUCCAAGACGCAUUGGAUUUGAAUCAACAGUCUGGAGAGACCAUUGGCGAUGAAGACUUCGCAUUCUGGUGCGGGGAUCUCAACUUCCGGAUGGAAGGCAUCCCAGGUGAUGACGUGAGGAGGUUACUUAUGUUGCACACACGAAACCAGUACGAUUUGAGCCAGCCAGCGUCAAGAACGAUCGAGAAAGAGAUCGAAGAGACGACAGAACAAGUCAAGAACAGACUCUCAGUGGACACAGGCAACAGUCCUCGGCCGAGCAGCGACGGCUCGCGACAUGAUACUCUGGUCGACGAAGUUCAGGCCAAGGAGGAUCCUACAUCACUUCAAACGACACUUGACUCACUUCUACCUCACGAUGAAUUGCGACAGCAGAUGAGGAAACGAAAAGCCUUUCAUGACGGCUGGCGAGAAGGACCGAUUACCUUCCUGCCAACUUACAAAUACGACCCUGGGAGCGUUGGUGUCUUUGACAGCUCUGAGAAGAAGCGUGCUCCUUCGUGGUGUGACCGCAUUCUGUACCGGACGCGCAAAGACAAGCUGGCUUACGAGGCGAAGGUCCGUGAAGAGGAGAAUGCUCGCAAGAAAGACGAAGAAAUGAGAGCCAGCGGAAUAGAUCAAGCCGCUUCGGAAGAGGAUGUGCUGUACGACUACGAUCCUGAUACCGAUGGCGCUACCGUCGGAGACUACGAUGAAUAUGAUGAAUAUGACGACGCGGCAGACGAAGAUAACAGUGCAAUUGUAGUGACACGAGAAGGAUUUGAAGACGAGAUCACGCUGGAGUACUAUACCGCGCAUCAACGAGUGCUUUCCUCAGACCAUAAACCGCUUGAUGCGUGCUUUAUGCUCAAGUAUGACGCGGUCGUGCCAGAGCUGAAAGCGCAGGUUCAUGCAGAAUGCGCCAAGGAGCUGGACAAGGCUGAGAACGAGGGCCGCCCAAAUGUCACAGUUGUUGUCGACAAGCAGACCCAUACCUCUGCCGCUGUUUCCAGUGAGGACCUGCCGGGAGGUGUUUCGGACGAAGGUGUCUGGUUUGGUGACGUGCGGUGGAUGCAAACGAAACAGCGCUCGCUGACAAUUGCGAACACCAGUCGCGUGCCAGCCAACUUCAGUUUCAUCGAGCGGCCGGUGCAGUCAGGAGAGCCCGCAGGGAUUGCGCCACAGUGGCUCACGAUCAAGAUCGAAGGCAUCGCAAUAUCGAAUACCGCAGGAACUUCGCCAAACAUCACGCUUGAACCAGGAGAGACAGCUAACAUCGAGCUUGAGCUCAAGAUUUCCGACAUGACAGAUGUGAAGAACUUCAACGAUAAGGAAAAGCCAGAUAUUGAUGAAAUAUUAGUUCUUCGAAUCGAAAAUGGCCGCGACCAUUUCAUUCCUAUUCGUGGACACUGGCUAGCAAGCAGUCUGGCGCGUACAAUCGACACUCUCGUGCGAAUACCUGAAGGCGGCAUACGUAAAUUGCAAGGCCAAAAACCCAGCGACAAAUCAAGCAAAGAGUCUACCUCGCCCAACUCACCCAUGAGGAAUGCUUUCAACGCCAUUACCGCGUCCGAUGCCUUCUCAGACGGCGCAAGCAUCGGAUCCUCUCGUCCAGCAGACCACAAUCGAAAUGUCUCCGCCGUCAGCACGAAAAGUAUCGAUUCUUCCGGACAACCUCCUGUACGUUUCUCCGCUCCGCGCGAGCUGUUCAGGCUGACGGAGGCGAUAGAAGAGCUGAAUACUCGCGUCGUUGCUGAGUGGGAAAUGAUGAACGAUCUACCUCCUGUCACGCCGACUUCAUCUGCUCCAACGACUCCGAGGACGAGUACUUCUUCUUCGCUUUCAGCGAGAGUCAAUACGGAGGACGAGAGUUUGGGUGUUGUGGCUUUGCCUACUGCGCCUUGGGAUACUUAUCCUGCGUGGCCUUUUGAGAGGGAGUGUUGGACGCUGCGGGAUACGAGUGAUUGGGAAGAAGCAUUGAGUUCCGUAUGUGAUGCACUGGAUCGGGAUUUGGCACUCGAUGGGGCAUUGCCGGAGACUUUGCCGAGGAUCGAGAGGCUUUAUGUUUUAUGCUCGUUUCUGUUGACUUUUCUGGAAAGUCUGACUGAUGGAGUCAUUACUGGGAACAUAUGGAUGGAAAUUGAAGCAUUUUUGAGUGGGCUUGAAAAGGGCAAGCAGGCGCAGAAGAGGACGAAUGAUGAGUUGAGGACUGCGGUGCAGGAGAUUCUGGCGAUGAGGAGUUCGAGUCACAGCAUUAGUUUUGUUUUGAUUACGGGCAUGCUGGAACGCAUGGUUUGGGAAGUUUCGGGUGGGAAGGAGCAAGGUUUCACGAGUGAUGUAAAUGUUCCAAUGAGUCCGACGAAGAAGGCGUUGGGAGGGUUGAAGAGAAUGGCGACUUGGAAGGGCAAGAUCUCACUGGCGCAGCAGGGUACAGGCACGGGUGGCAAUGCGAAUGGGAGUUUGGGAAAGAAGGGAAGGGCUUUGGCGGAAGUGUUUGCGAAGGCUAUGAUUCGAUUGCCGGGUGGAGAGGGUGAAAAGGGGAGGGCUGCGAGGGAGAAGAGGAGGGUGGAGGUUCUGGAGUGGUUUAUCGUGAGGGGUGAGGAAGGCUCGUAGAGCUCCUGGAGCAUGGCUCGACGGAGUCUUUGCUCCUGUUCGAUGAGGCGCCCCUUAGGAGACGAGACAGCCAGCUCGACAGGGUUCUCGAUUAACACAGUUCGAAGCCUGAAGGCAAGACGGAUGAGACAUCAGCUGCGCUUGACGAACGAGACUUCGCGAAAGGGCAAUUUCGUCAAGAGUCGCAAAUGCAAGUGCAAGUCAUAUCACAGCAGUCUUCAAAUUAUUCCGCUUGCUUGCUCUCUGCGAACGGGUAUUGUUGUCGACGUCCGCAUGCGAAAGUUCCUGCUGGCAGGAUAUUUUCUGUACCGAUGGUGAAGGAUGCUACCCAAUUCGUCGCUUGGCCUGCGCCAUAGACGUUCUCCUGCAUGAUAUGGCGCGUACAUUGUGCCGCGUUUCGAUUUUGAGGAGUCAACGCACGCCGCUAGUG